UAGUCAUGAUUUUAAUACAUGCGUUUGAAAUGUUAUGAGUACGAUGGACUGCAAUGACUCGCUAAAAACGCCAGAGGGCGCUAAAAGGCAGACGGUGCUAAAUGCUCCCUCCAUUGGAAUGUAUUUGAAUGUGAUUUAUUUUUCAGUCAUCAUUAUUAUUAUUAUUAUUUGUAUUUUGAAAAAGAAAGCUAUAGCACUCGCGACCUUGUUCUAAAUCAAUUCAAAUAAACGUAUUUAAUGUAGUAUUUUCCUAUAAUGACUAUUAGAAAAAAAAAUUAUGUCAUCAACACUAUUGCAUUUAAUCUACAAAUAAUUUCAGAUACGCCCAAAAAAAAAGAAUAGAAAAUAAAAAAGACAACAUGAACAAAUAGGGAUGAAGUUUGGGCGCCCGCCUACCGAUCCUGGAGAGACACGCCCUCAACACCGGAGACGAGCCGGAUAGUGUGACGCGCUGCUUAGCAUCAGUCGUCGUUGCUCGCCGGCACCAGGGAGGAAGCGGGACACCUCGAGAGUGCCAAACCGGGACACGAGGCGAGGAGGCGCUCUCUCUCUUUCUCCCUCCCUCGCACUCACCGCCUGCCUGGCGAGCGGAGCCUCCACCUUGGAGGGGGGAACGUCCACCUGACGGAAGUUGAGCGGCCACGUCUUCGAUGGACGCCUUGAAAAACGCCGGGAGGGCGAUUAUCAAGAGCCCCGGCGUCCCGCGGCAUACGUGGGGAACUUCCAAGCACCAAAAGCUCCCGGAGAACUGGACGGACACCAAAGAGACUUUGCUGGAGGGCAUGGCAUUCAACGUGAAGUACCUGGGAAUGACCCUGGUGGGCCAGCCCAAAGGGGAGGACAUGGCCGCCGCCGCCAUCCGCAGGAUUGUCACCACCGCCAGAGCCGGCGCGAAGAAGUUCCGCAAAGUAACGUUGACGGUCUCCCCGAAAGGCAUCGUCAUUACGGACACGGACACGGCCGACCUGGUUGAAAACGUCUCCAUCUACAGAAUCUCCUACUGCACAGCAGAUAAAAGCCAAGACAAGGUGUUUGCAUACGUGUCUCAGAGUGCCUUCAACGAGACGCUGGAGUGUCACGCCUUCCUCUGCCAAAAGAAGAAGAUUGCUCAAGCCGUGACGCUGACGGUCGCGCAGGCCUUCAAAGUAGCUCUGGAUCUUUGGGAGAUUGCGCAACAAGAUAAAAGCAGAAAGGCAAGAAACGCAAGUUGUACCUGCGCAGCAACAGACGCUCACCGUCUUCCUGCAGGCGGCCCGGAUGCGUGCGCGUCCGCCGGCGUGGACGAGAAGCCGCGUCGGCCGUUCCUGUCCACGUCCGUCGGCUCGCCGUCGCCUCGCGUCAACCCUGCUCGGGGGCGACCCAUCAGACACGACUCGUGGGACGCGGACGACGGCGUGGAGGACCAUCUGUCAAGCAGCAGCAUGGACGUCGAGGACGCGUGUCGUGAACGGUCAAGCCCGGCUCCUGAUCCGUCUAUGACGAUGCAGCUUUGAGUCGCCAAGUCGGACUCUCGCACUGCACGGGGCCAAGAAUCCAGAAAGGAACCAGAUGUGGAGAAGAAUGCUCCGUUAGCCUUACGAGCUCGGGCUUUUCCGAUUUCACACACGGGACUGGCGGAGCGAAGUCAAGCCGGAUCUUCAUUCGGACGGACGCCAAGUCUAAUUUGUGGGAGGGAAGCAGGAGCGGCCUUAAAUGGUCCACCUCGGACAUGAUGAGCCAUUGAGGAGCGGCAGAUGCCAACCAAGGCAUGCGAAGCCCUAAGAGUGAAUGCAGGACUUUUCAGACUAGUCCAUUGCGUGUUGUGUUCUGCAUUGGAGACUUCACCGACACGCUCCGAGUGAAAUCAGAAAACAACCUCUGACGAGUGGAAAUGACUUUUUUCUUUUCUUUUUAAAUCAUUUGUGCUGCAAAUCUUGAACCGAUCUUUAAAUGACGACAUCUCGGUCAUGUUGAUUUUGACGUGGUGUGUAUGAUUUUUUUUUCAUGUUAAUUAAUUCCUCUACCGAUUACUCAAGGAAGAAUUCACCUUUUUCCUUCCCUUAUUUAUAGACAUAUUAAAUAAAUAGAAAUCUUG